AUGGCUAUUUUUAAUCCAAAAGCUAUCGGCCUUCUCUGCCUUUCAUUCUUUUUUUUCAGACCUGUUGUUUCAGAAGACCAAGUUACUUUUAUGCAGGAGUUUUGUUCUGAGAAACAAUUUGAUCAUGGAAGUGUAUAUCAAAGCAAUCUGAAUGUUCUUCUUGCCAAUCUCUCAAAUGAAGCGGUCUCAAAAAAGUUCUACAACUUCACAGUGGGAAAUAGUGUUAAUAAAGUGUAUGGCCUCUUCCUUUGCAAUGGGGCCUACACUGCUCAAUGUAUGUUACGUUAUGCAAACCACUCCAUAUUCUCCAUUGUCGAUGAUUCUGUGCAUUUCGACUUUGAUUAUGGACCGCGUGUUUACCAACAGUUUGACCAGCAAUUAUCAAGCAUGUUGAUCGGCCUCUUCAAUAAGGCCAUAGUGGAUAAUACGUCAUUGGCUUCUGCAUUAGGCGUGGUCUAUGUCAGAGAAACCAUUUCACUUGCGGGCUAUGUUGAUUGUACUCCUGAUUUAAGUCCAUACGACUGUAACAGAUGCUUGCAAUCGGGACUCAGUAGGCUUCCUAUGAAUGGAAGACAAUUAGGAACAACUGCCCUGCCAAGCUGCCGGUUGUCAUACUUCUAUAUUGAUGUCAGCCCAGGGAAAAGAUUUGGUGCAUCACAGGUAAAUCAUCUUCUGAAGUAUGAGUUUUACAGUUACAUUGUCUGA